AUGGUUCAGAUGAGGUGGGAUGCCCCACCAUCGCCGCCCCGACCUCCAAGGCAGCAGCCCAGCGGUGAGUUCCAGUGUUCCCAUGGCAACCGGUGCCUCCCCCAGCAGCAGGUGUGUGAUGGUACGCCCCAGUGCCGGGACCGGUCUGAUGAGCAGGACUGCUGGAAGCCCUCCAAGAGCUGCAGCCAUCGCUGUGACAACCGGACCAGAUGUCUCCCUCAGCAUUUCCUGUGUGACGGAGAGAGAGACUGUCAGGACGGCUCAGACGAGCAGGACUGUGGUGAGAAGCUUCAGCAGCGUCUGGUGGACACUCAGCUGUGUGACGGACGGAGGGACUGUCCUGAUGGACACGAUGAGGACGACUGUGUGGACGCUUGUAAAGGCCCUGGUGACUUCCUGUGCAAGGACAGGAGGAAGUGUGUGUCAAGGUUGGAAGUGUGCGACGGGCGUGCCCACUGCGCAGACGGCUCGGACGAGCGCGAGUGCCCGUCCUUGGCGCCAUGCGUGCUGCGCUGUGACCGGGCAGCAGUCUGCCUCAGCCAGGAACACAUCUGCGACGGCAAAUCUGACUGCAGGGACGGUGCAGACGAGAGAGGCUGCGCCUCCUACAGUGCAGCCCACCCCAGGACAGUGGCUCCGGUCUCGGUGAAGUGCCGACUGGGUACGCUCCUCUGCAGUGACCACAGGGAGUGUGUGCUCUACAGUCACGUGUGUGACGGAGAAGCAGACUGCCGGGAUGGCUCAGACGAGCUGGGAUGUGCCGUCCACUGCAAGAAGGGUGAGUUCCAGUGUUCCCAUGGCAACCGGUGCCUCCCCCAGCAGCAGGUGUGUGAUGGUACGCCCCAGUGCCGGGACCGGUCUGAUGAGCAGGACUGCUGGAAGCCUUCCAAGAGCUGCAGCCAUCGCUGUGACAACCGGACCAGAUGCAUCCCUGACAGUUUCCUGUGUGACGGAGAGAGGGACUGUUUGGACGGGUCGGAUGAAGGGAUCUGUGCAACCAAUCGGUGUGGCGCCUCAGAGUUCCGUUGCAGCAGUGGCCAGUGCGUGUCGGGUGCGCUGCGCUGCGACAGCCACGCCGACUGCAGGGACCGCUCUGACGAGGCGGGCUGCGCCAAGCCUCCACGCUGCCCCCCCGAGCUGCGCUGCCCGCUCAGCCACGAGUGCCUGUUGAAGGACUGGCUCUGUGACGGAGAGGACGACUGCCUGGAUGGCUCCGAUGAGAAGAACUGCAAGGCCUCUCCUCUGAAGUGUGGGCACUACCAGUGGGCGUGUGCCUCCAAGCAGCAGUGUGUACCCGCCAGCUGGAGGUGUGACGGAGGGAUGGACUGUCGUGACGGCAGCGACGAGAAGGGAUGCGGACGCCCCAAGUGUGCGUCCCAACUCUUCCAGUGCAGUAGUGAGGAGUGUGUCGACCCCAGGCUGGUGUGUAACCAGAUCACCAACUGUCCAGAUGGGUCUGACGAGGGCCCGGGCUGUGUCCUCCGGAACUGCAGCAGCCCCACAGCCCCUCCCUGUGAACACCACUGCAUCAGCACCCCCCAUGGACCGAGAUGCGGCUGCGCGUCAGGCUUCAAACUGCGGCCCAGGGGCGUGUCCUGUGAGGACGCCGAUGAGUGUAGCCUCCAGCAGGGGGCGCUCUGCAGCCACACCUGCCUCAACACCCGCGGCUCCUACCUCUGCCAGUGUCACUCUGGAUACCUGCUGGAGCUUGACGGACACACCUGCAAGAGCCCGGUGGAGCCGGUGUUGCUGGCAUGUGUCACGUCUGAGCUGCUGCUGCUGGGUGUGCGCAGCGCCAGCCUCCGAGUGCUCAUCUCCUCCAGCAGACCCGUCUUCUCCCUGGACUACCACUGGGGGCGCCAGAGGGCCUACUGGCUCAGCCUGGAGCAGGAGAGUAUCCUCUGGGCCUCCCUGGACCACCACAGCCCUGCUGGGGGGACCCUGCUCAAAGGUGUGAAGUCUGACUGCCUGGUGGUGGACUGGGUUGGGGAGAACUUGUACUGGCUGGACGGGGAGAAGGGCCAGGUUCUAGUGGCCCACCUGGGCCAGGGUCUGCUGAGGCCUCAGGACUGCAUCGUGGUGCUGGACGAGGACCUGGAUCAGCCACGCUCACUGGUCCUGCUGCCGCAGAAGGGGUUGAUGUUCUGGUCGGAAAUUGGCAGUGAGCCCCAGAUUGAGCGGUCAGGGAUGGACGGUUCCGAGCGCGUGGUUGUGGUCAGUCGUGGGCUGAGCUGGCCGGUCAGUUUGGCCGUGGACCAUCUGGCCCACAGGAUCUACUGGACCGACCAGAAGCUGCACUGCCUGGGCUCAGCUGGCCUGGACGGAGAGGACCUCAAGCUGCUCCAGCUAUCGGAGACCCACAGCCCCUUCGCAGUGUCCGUGUUCAACGACCAGGUCUACUGGUCUGACACCAAGAGAAGGACCAUCCAGACGGCCCACAAGAGAACCGGCAAGAACCGCCGAGUCCUUCUCAAGAGACCCGGCCAGCCGUUCGGACUCAAGGUGGUCCACCCCCAGGCCCAGGUCAACGUGUCCAGCCCCUGUGGCAGGGUGAGGUGCUCCCACCUGUGUCUGCUGGCUCCAGGGGUAGCUCCAGGCUCCGGGCCCAGGGCCGUGUGUCGCUGCCCAGCAGGACUGCUCCUCGCUGAGGAUGGUGUCACCUGUGCCCCCCCUGUGGACUCCACCUUCCUGCUGCUGCUUUCCCCCACUACCAUCACUCAGAUCUUCCUGCGCAGCAUGCGUGGCGGGCUGGGUCUGAAGCAGUGGCCAGACCACCGCGUCCUGCCCAUGCCGGGCGUCAACGAGGCGUCCACUCUGGACGUGUCCCUCCGGGAGCACGGCGUCUACCUGGCCGACUCGGCCCAGGGCUCCGUGGUUCUCAUGGCCCUGAGCAGGGCGGGCCUGUCCCCGACGCCGGGCGGCCCCGUGCUGGCCCUGCAGGACGAGUAUGUGACGGCGCUGGCUCUGGACUGGGUCACCCUCAACCUCUACUGGAGCAGCAGCAGGCAGCCGCACGUCCACGUCACGGCCACCCGGGGGCGCUUCACCAGGACUCUGGUGCAGGUGCUGCUGGAGGAGACCAGCGCCAUCGCCCUGCAUCCCGCCACUGGCCGACUUUGCUUCACCUCUCUGGGCAGAGGGGAGGGCAAGGGGGGGGAGACGGCCGGCGGCAUGGCACAGCUGCAGUGCACCAACAUGGACGGGGGAUACCAGGCCAUGCUCUGGAGGAAGUCUGUGACACCGACAUCGCUGGUGUUCUCUCACAAAGGCACCCAUCUCUACUGGGCGGACCUUGGGGCUGGGGUUAUCUGCUCAGUUGCAGUGGAUGGAUCAGACUACAGGCAGUACAAGACUGGUCCUGGCAUCCUGAUGUCCUUCACACGCACUGAAAACAUGCUGCUCUGGCUCACCAUGGACAACGAUAUAACCAGGCUGUGGUUCAGUGAUGGCGUCCAGCCUAAGAAGCUGUGGUUCGAGGUCCAGACCAAUGUGGUGUCCCUCCGGGCUUACAGCAAGACCAGCCAGAGAGGAACCAAUAGCUGCUCCGAGAAGAACGGAAACUGCAGCCAGUUGUGCCUAGCCAACCCAUGGGGGAGAAGAUGCAAGUGUGGCCAUGGUUACCACCCUGUGAAUGACACUGCUUGUAGCCCCACCCCCGAGUGCCCGCAGGGCUUUAGAGCAUGCUGGGACAGCAGUAACUGCUUUCCUGAUGCCAGAUUCUGCGACGGUGCUUUUGACUGCCCGGACCUAUCGGAUGAGCAGGAAUGUUCCUAUGGUAACGUGGCAGCCAAACCUAAAGAUGGUAACCCUGCCUCCGCGUCGCCCCCGCUCAACAACGGGACGGCACAGGUGAGGAAGGACAGCCUGGCGUGUGACGAGCAGCGCUGCGGCGGCCACGGGACGUGCGUGACGGCGGACGGAGUCGAGAAUUGCCAGUGCAUGCUGGGAUAUAAGGGCGCCUUCUGCCAAGAGGGUGAGGGGUCCGGGGGGAGCAAGGCACCCUUGGUCCUGGGGCUGCUAGCCCUGCUGGCUGUACUGGUCAUCGCUGGCCUGGUCUUCAGGAGGAGGCGAGCCAUGGCAGCAGACAAGUGUGGAGGUGCGGAGAAGGAAACCCUGAUGACCAACAUGGAGGGACGUGCGGUGUACUUUGAGUCCUUCACUAACGACCUCUAUGACCCCUCAGACUCCGACCCUGACGACAAGGUGCUGGUGUCUGCUGCUGAUGGCGUGUGUCACCAGGAGGAACCUCUACCUGCUUCAUAAUGCCUCCCUGUGCUCAUUUCUCCUGUUCAAUAAAGCAUCAACC